CGUUGAUAAUCAACUCAACCACGGCAUAUACCGCAGUGGUAUAUCAGCCGCAUCAUUAAUAAUUAAUUUACAAUUUCUGUAGAUGAUAGGAUGGUUUAGAACAGCACUGCUUAGUGUUUACAGCAUUGCAUUCUCACUAUAUCGGUGCUUUGGAUUGUUCAAUGCUUCAUAUUGUUCUAUCGCCAAUAUUUUUUACAUCACUGUUCAUUUCAUGUGCUCCCAACGCGUGCAAACACCCUUUUCAGCGUAAAUUUAGCAUUCGCUCAUCUACACCUCUUUGAUUACCACCAAAUAUGUUGCCAUAUCACCCUUUCCCAGAUAAAUACCAAAUUUGAAUGCUGUCCAGUUGCACACCACCGCUCCUGCUACAGAUCACUUAUUUAUCUCACGUAGCACUAAUAUCAUAGCAAACGUACCUCACGCUACCCCUGCUCAAUCCUUGCUUUCAAGCUGCUGUCCUUUUCUGUUGUAUUUUUCAUCCCCCGCUGACAAAAGGAAUGAAACUGACCUACAAGCCUGCACAGAGAAGAAAAAGCAAAAUGCUUGCGAAUGUAAAUUUAGAUGAUGAUAUUGAUAAGUAUUGGACUAAUGCGACCAAAGUGUUGGACAAUGAUGUGUAUGAGUUGGAGGAGUUCAGUUUUUUGGAGAAAAGUGUUAAUUUGGAGGAGAUGGGCAGGAGGGAUGAAGAGGGUGUAGUGGGAGAGAUGGGCAGGAGGGAUGAAGAGGGUGUAGUGGGGGAGAUGGGCAAGAAAGAUGAAGAGGGUGUAAUGGAGGAGUAUGGAGGUAGCACGUGUAAACGUGUCGGUAUUGAUAACGCUGAUGCAGAAAAUGAACUUACGGCUGAGAUGAAUGAUGCUAGUGUAGCAGAAAAGAACGGAGGUGGUGUAAACGGUAAUGAUGUUGAGAUUGAGGGUGUCCAGCAGUUCAUCAAUUUUAGCAGCUUAGAUGAUGACAGUUUCAGUGUUGGUGGAGAGAGCAAUGGCAUGAUCAGUGAUGAUGGCAAUUACGGAGAGAAUGCUGAUGUUGCAGAAAACGAUUUGGUGGCAGCGAAAGUGAACAACCGUGCGAAACAUGAAAAAGAUGAUUUUUUGGUUGCUGAUGUUGAAUUAGUGCAAAAUGUGGGUGCGAAUUUGCGAGAGUUGGAAGGAAGAAAAAAAAGGAAAUCGUUCUUUGACUUCAACACGAUGAAAAAAGUUGAAAUGAUGUGUAGUGCUGGGGAUGAUGCUGUGAAUGCCGACGAGACUGUCAAAGAGGAGGAAGGUGCGCACAGCGGUGCGCAGUACGAGGAUGAAGACCUUUACGAAGAGGGCAGUGUGGAUGAUUACAGCAUGGAUGGGAUUGAGCAUGGUGAGGAAUGUGACAUUACUUAUGAGGAGGACCGUACCAGUACGCAGCAGAACGAGAGCACUAAACAAGUUGGCAUCGAUACAAGCAUCGUAGUAGAUGGGGAGGAGCAGUCGCGUAAGACACCUGAGGAAAAAUCUAAAACACGUAUGCAAGGAGAAGAAAUAAAAGAUGGUGUUUCUGCCAUGCCGAUGAGGAAGAGUGUGAAAAGGAAGGUAUUGCAGAACAGAACAAAUGCAAAAAAAAUGGAAGGAGAGAGUAAACGCAAAAGAAGAAGUUCGUCAAAUGAAAGCAUGGACAGCAACGUACUGAGCAAUAUAUCAUCGAGACAAUCCAAGAACGGCUUUGUUCCUCUCGUGAUAGAAAGUAAUUUAGAAACUGCCAUUCUGAACUUACAGGAGAACGCGUACAUAGAGGAUGACUCGGCAACCAAAAGCUUUUCAUUUUACGUUACAAAGGGUAAAUUUACAAUAAAACGGGGAGAAAAGGAAUUUACGUUGAAGAGAGAUGGAAUGCUGGUAAUAAAUGAAGGUGAAUCGUUUGUUUGCAGGGGAAUGAGCAGAGGCGGUAAUACAGGGAUCGUUACGUAUAAGAUUACAUAAAUCGGUUAAUACGGCAUUUUAUCGUGGACAUAGGAAUAUCAUACAAAAUUAUUAGCUGUGCUAAUUUCAUUUAUAUAAAAGUUAAUUACGUUCAAUUACCUGCUAAGUAAUGUUUGUUCAGUCUUUAACGUAUCAUUGGAUGUUUUGCUGCCAUUAAUUAAUGUUUGGCAUGCUUUGGCAGGAUGUGUGCUGCAGCAUGAAGAGGCAAGUAAACGUACUUUGGUGAAAACAUGGUAGUGUGCUGUGCUGUGCAAGAAAGGUAGUGCAACGAGCACUAACUCUUAGCAACAAAC